CUCGUGGAAAGUUAACCCUUUGGGAAAUCUGGUGCGAGAUCUGGCUAUCCUUAGUGUGCUGGAGUAGCUGGUCUUAAUUUAGAGUUGUUUAGUUUAAAAUUAAUUUAGAGUAAUUUAGAAUUGGGCAAAUGCCUCUAUAUUUUGCUUUUUUAAACCUGACUUGCACCGAAGCUGCGGAAAAAGUGCGAGCGCGUCUGGCAACAGUCCCCUCGUUGCUAAGGGCAACGGAAUGUGUAUCGCGUGAAGCAGACGGUGAGCGCCGCGUCCAUACCUCGAAACCACCGGUACAAUCGAUGGGAACAUAAUACGAAACAUGUCCGUAAAGUUGAGGGAUAAUUUAACGCCGCUUUUUACCUUUCACCUCAAUCAAAACAUAUUGCAAAAAAGAGUGACAGUAGGAAAAUAUGACGGUGUCCAUCCGUGUCUCACAGCUGUCACGGCAUCUGAUAAGGUCUUGGUGCACAAUGCUCAGAGUAGAGGCCCUCGCACGGGUGACAGAUGGCAAGGAACUCCCACUGGAGCGUUGUCGGACGUCUCUGUGUUAAAUGUGAAUCAAGCCGUGACUUCGUUGGCUGCCGGGCCCUUGAAACCUGGUGCCAAGGAAGACGCCCUCGUCAUUGGGACACCGACUGCCGUCUUGGCUUACGACGUGGAGAACAAUAGCGAUCUUUUUUUCAAAGAGGUUCCAGAUGGGUCAAACACCGUUGUUGUCGGUCAUUUAGGUACUCUGAGGAAUCCGGUCGCUCUGGUAGGAGGCAACUGUUCCAUUCAGGGCUUCGACCACGAGGGACAAGAUGUCUUCUGGACGGUUACCGGUGAUAACGUUAGUGCAAUGACGUUACUGGACUACAACAAAGACGGGCUGAACGAGUUGCUGGUUGGCUCGGAGGACUUCGACAUUCGAGUAUUUCGUGAGGACGUUAUCUUGACUGAACUGACGGAGACGGAAGCCAUUACGGCGUUAUGUCCUUUGGGAGAAGCGAGCUUCGCGUACGCACUGGCCAAUGGUACGAUCGGUGUCUACAAGGCAGGAGAGCGGGCAUGGAGGAUUAAGUCCAAGAAUCAGGCUAUUUGCCUACAUGGUUACGACAUUGACGGUGAUGGAACUCUCGAACUCAUCACAGGAUGGAGUAACGGCAAGGUGGACGCUCGGAACAUCGAUACCGGAGAAGUUGUGCUCAAAGACAGCUUCGGCCAUUGCAUUGCGGGAAUCGUACAAGCGGAUUACUGCCAAGAAGGCAGGGAUGCGCUGGUGGUGUGCUCCGUCAACGGAGAAGUGCGAGGGUACGGACCGACUACCACGGAGCUUAGACAGCAGGCCCUGGACGCAGCAUUUGAGCAGGAGACCAUUCGGGAGCUGAGCCAGAGGAAGCAGGAUCUCUUGCUGGAGAUGAAAAACUACGAAGCCAACGCACGUCUUGGAAGCGCACACCAGAAAGCAGGCAAAAAGACGGCUGAACAAUAUGGCUAUAUUCCGGCAAACACGCAAUUAAGGACAGCCCUUGCAAUCAACCCCGGAUCGUCAAAAGUAAAGCCUCACGUUGAAAUCGCGCUGCAGACGAACAACGACACCAUCAUUCGAGCGGUGAUCGUUUUCGCAGAAGGGAUAUUUCAAGGGGAAAGUCUCGUCUUCCUUCCAAGAGAGGAAGACGUGCACUCGUCUAUCCGUAUCCCUCUGCGUCCUUCACGUGACCUGGCUGUGGACAUUCACCUCAAGGCCUUUGUGGGUUACAAGAAUAGUCACCACUUUCAUGUGUUUGAGGUCUCAAGACAGCUGCCUCGGUUCUCCAUGUAUCUUCCUUCUGAAGAGAUCCCAGUCGAUGCCGUAACUGGUAGAGUCGAACUGAAGCUCAACGAACGACCACAACGGGUAGCCACGUGGUUCAACCAGAACUUUCUUUUACCCGAAGACGUGCAAGUCUACGAUCGUCUUCAACUGAACCUACUAUCCGCCAGGAACUCCAUGCCAUUUAGCUUCACCAUGGAACUCAACGGAGAGGCAGUGAUCACUACUGAUCAGAUGGACCUCGCGGCAGAGGUGAUCCAGUCUCUUGCGUCGUACCUGAACGUGGAGGAUUUGGAAAGCCGCGCGGAUUUCCCCGAAGAAAGCAAUACUCUCGAGAUCCUUAUGGUCAAGGUGGAGGAAUACCAAUCAACGCGAAUGCAACUGUCAGCCAACAUGGCCAACACUGCGUCGGCAAUCAGAAACUUCGUCGUCAGAGCGGAAGACGCCCGUCUAAUGCAAGACUAUGACUCCAUGCGGAAAUGGUACCAGGAACUGCAGUCCUGCAACCGACAACUGAUCAGCGACUACAAAAUUCGCAGCAACAGUCACGAAGAGCUCAUGUCCAGCCUACGUCAGGUGAACCAGAUCAUCCAGCGAGCAGCAAGGCUUCGCGUGGGCAGAGCAAAAUCACGUGUUAUCACUACCUCUCGUGCAGCCGUACAGAACCGCAACGUACAUGCUCUAAUAAAGGCCAUCGCCAUAGGGGAAGAGCGCCCCUCGUGAUGAAGAGCAGGACUUUCUUCACCAAUGACACCGCACAUGAAGCCCAAUGACUGGACGGUGGAAGCUCGGUACAUAAGCGCUGAACCAUUGUGGGUACGCUUAGAACAGUAAUGGGAACAGAAAUGGUUAUGGGAUAUUAGAUUAUGAGAUAUUCAGAGUGUUUUUAUCCGUUACAUACACUUUCUUAAAAAAAAAAAGCUGUGAGGGCAGCACUGAUGCCAUUAUUGCGGGCGGGCUACACGGCAGGGCGGAUGUGAUACGGGAAUGCAUGACGGCAGUUAUAGGGAAGCUGAAGCCAUUAACAGUGCUAGAGGUGGAGGUAGAUGGUGCAAUAAAUAAGCAAGUUUGGCAGCGUUAUUGUUGCAAGGA